GGCUGUCACAAUAGUCCGUCCGCAAAGCAUGCUUGCAUUUUCAACACUUUAAAGCGAUGCAAUCGCCAUUGUGACUGCUAGUCUCGGCGUGAGCGUGGCCAAGACGUGCACAUUGGUCAACAGAGGGCCUAAAAGCAAGAGACACCAUGGCGUUUCUCCCAAAAUCAAUAACAGUGACUGGGUACGCCAAGUCCAGGAUGCCUCCCUGGAUACCUACCUCGGCAUUAUAGUACAGGCAAGGCUCAAGAUGCCGGGGUCCUUCAUGAUGUCAGAUGGCAAGGGCAGGCGGUUGGGAUACGAAAGACGCCAAUUUCGCGACAACCUUCAACCACACCGCACAUGACCAUCACCAACAUCCCCAGCCCGCCUCUUGUCAAAAUUAAACCAAGCUUCGCCGAGAUCGAAUUGUCGACCCUAGGCCGUGUACAGGGCCAUUGGUUCGUCGGCGACAUACCCCGCAGAGGUCGUGUGGAGAAUGCUGCAGCGCGACUUGCUGGAAGCGAUGCUUGGCUCGCUUGGCUCUCUCCAUACAAAGUCGGGGAAUUGCAUUUGUUUGGUUUGUUGACGUCUUCCCCCAAAGACGCGCCUUGAACCUUGUCCUGUGCAGCCCGGCUCCUGUCGGGUCUUGGAAUGCAGAUGGGUGGAGGCGUACGUCGGCUGAUAUAACACCGAAGAGUUGCUUCGUAUGCGCCCGUCGUUGCAUCUAUUCCUUGACUCGCUUCUCGGGGGCCAGCUGUUCCUGCCUUUGCCAACCUUUUGCCAGCCUUUUCCGCAUCGUCUCUCAGUCAGAGUCGGUGACAUCUCUCAGCGGCAAGACAAGACAAAAAACAUACGACCAUGGGCUCCACGGUCCUGCUGCUCGCCCUCGCGGCCCUUGCAGCCGCACAACGGCACGGCAACACAGUCUCCAUCCCAACAGACCUCGCCACGCGCCCGCUGUACCGCGAUGUGUACGGCUACUCGAUUGAGCCGGUCUGGGUCAACGACUUUCUCAGCAACGACAUGACGUCGACGCUGCUCCGAUCCAUCACGCAGGUGAUCGGCAAGCCUCCGCCCAUCCGCAUCGGCGGCAACACGGCCGACAUGGCAUCCUACGUCGACAGGCUCAACACCACCGCGGUCGCCAUCCCCGCGCCCAACGGGGCCCAGCGCUUCAACAUCAGCCGCGGCUGGAUCGAGGAGUGGGGCCGGUACUUUGAGCAGGGCACCAACCUGACCUUUACGCUCAACAUGAGGGACAACUCGAGCGAGUGGGCCACCGCCCGCGUCCAGGCCGAGGUCGCCUGGGGCGUGCUGGGCUCCAAGCUGUCCCGCUUCGAGAUCGGCAACGAGGUCGACCACUACAUGGCCAAGGGGUGGCGCAACGACUCCUGGGGCGUCGACGCCUACGCGCAGCAGUUCCGCCAGCUCGCGGACCUCAUCCGCAACGACGCCUGGUACCGGGACGCCGGCGACAAGGCGCCCGCCUUCGCCGCGGGCUCCUUUGCCGACCCGCCGUGGGUCCCCGACCAGCACGACCAGCUCGACGACAUGGACAUCCUGAACCUGACCACGCGGGCCGGGCUCAAGAACGAAAAGGACAGCGGCGGCGUCCACAUCGACAGCUUCGUCGUGCACAUGUACCCGGGCUCGACGUGCGACGCCGGCCGGUGGCGCCGCAUGCGCCUGGACCUCGUGUCGAACCACUCGUCCAUCUGGCAAAACGUGUCGCAGUACGUGCCGCAGGUCGAGGCGGCGGAGCGCGACGGCCGCGCGUCGCUCGUCAUGGGCGAGACCAACUCCAUCUCGUGCGGCGGCCGCAGCGGCAUCAGCGACACCUUUGGCGGCGCCCUGUGGAACGUCGACUACACCCUCUCGCUGGCCGCCAUCGGCGUCGGCCACAGCUACUUCCACCUCGGCGGCCAGAACGAGUACAGCUCGUGGCAGCCCAAGGGGUACCAGUACAAGGGCGAGAACAUCACGGCCGGCAUAAGGCCAUCGUGGUACGCGCACUACUUUGUCGCCCACGUGGUCCGCCGCAGCGGUGGUGGCGGCGGCGACGGCGACGACGACGAUGAUGAUUCAGCAGAGGUGCCGUACGGGAUCGCGGCGCUGCCCGGGGCCAACUCGAGCGACUUUAGCGGGUUUGGGGUGUUUGAGGACAAGGAGCUCAGGAAGCUGGUGUUUUUGGACAUGGGCGUCUGGAACGGCACCCAGGGCCUCAGCAACCCGUCGACCAUCUCGGCGGCGGACAACACCGACGCGGCGUUCCACAGCCAGGGCGACAGGCCCACGAGCGAGAUGAGCGUGUCGACCCCCUGGUGCAAGGACGGCGAGGUCAAGAUCUUGAGGCUCACCGGGCCGGGAACCAACGCCAAGUCCGAGGUCAAGGUGUCCGGGGUCACCUUUGACAAGGACGGGAAGCGCUCUGGUCAGCCGGACGAGGAGACCGUCAAGGUCGGAGAUGACGGAGAGGUCAAGUUCAACCUGAGCAUGGCAGAGGCCGUCUUGCUGGAGCUUGGCGACGGAUGUGGCGGUUCGGAAGCCGGGUCUGCAGCUGCCCGCGUUGGGGCUGCGGCGGGGGGAACGAUGACAUGGGUUGUUACUGUGGCAUUUGGUGUUGGGCUGUUGGUGGGUUUAUAAGCCAGUUUUAGUUUAAUUAGGUCGGACUGCGUAGUUUGGACACUGAAUGUCUAUCGUUUGGGUAUCCGACCAAGCAGGUCAAGAAUCACAAGUUUCUUGAAAACAUCCAUGCUUUCUUUCCUAUAUGCCAUAUUGCUUGGUUUCUCAUAUCUG